CAACGCCUACCCACGCGCGCUGCUUGCAAACCUGUAACAUUCAGCAGUUGCAUCGCAGCAGAUGGCUGCAAUACGUACCAGCGGUAUUGCCCGACGCGGCCCCUGCGCUCGACGGGCGUUUCGAUUGGGAUGCGUGUGACGAGUUGGCGCGCGGCGCCGAAAACGCCGCCGGUGAUGCGCUGCGGCAUCGCGUGCAGACCUGCAGUAUUUAAAUCACCCAGGAUCACUGAUCUGGGCGUCCGGUGCAGAGCUGAAGCUGGGCAGCCUUCGGGCAACCUGGUCACCGGCAACCAUGGCCUGCCGCACCACAGCCGCACGCCGACUCCUGCGCCAGCAAGCAGCACACAGAUACCCCCAUCUCACAUCGAGACGCGUCACGCGUUUGAGUCGCGGUACCGCACCGCGCUUGCCAGCCCCGGCCGAUACCUGCGGUACGGCGAUGUUGACUUGCACGCGCCAUCGGAGGCGGGCGCGGCAGCCAUCCUGCAGGCCGUGUCGGGGCCCUUCACCCGCGCCCAGUCCUGGCUGCGGCUGGGUGACGGGCUGACGCACGUGCUCAUGUACGAGCUGAUCAAGGUCUACGCUGGGCUGGCCGGCGGCUGUGGUCUGGUGCUUGCGGCGGCGGAUGAACUGGACCAGCUGCAGCCGCCGCCGCCGCCAGACGUGCCGCUGGCGGCGGUAACUGCCGCAAUAACUGCCGCAACCGCUGACAACGCCGCAGCCGCGACCGACGCCACUGACAGCAGCGGCUUGCCCAGCGGCGGUGCUCCUGCCCGCGGCGGCGGCGGCGGUGGCGCUGGCGGCAGUGCAGCUGCUCGCGGCGGCGGUGCGCGUCUGCCGGGCCUGCUGCUGCUGCGCUCUGCACCGCACCGCCAGGAGGCGGCGUUGUUUGCCGACACGGUGGCGGCGGCCAUCGCCGCCGGCGCCUGCACACCGCUGCUGCUUGUGGAGAUGUACACUGACAGCCCGUCGGCCACUGCUACUGCCACUGCUGCUACUGCCACUGCUGCUACAGCUACUGCCGCUGCUGCUGCCGCCCCCGCCGCGGCGGCCAGUAGUAGCAGCCAUAAUGGCGACUCCACCGGACAGGAUGGUAUGUGCUGUGCGAGCGGCGGCGGCGCCGUGCACAGCACGCAGGCCACCCAGCAGCAGUCCCCAUCCCGCCACCACAUCCACCGCCAGCAGCAGCAGGACGAAGACGACGCAGCCAUGGCCGGCGCCAAGUACCGCCUGCUGUCGCGCAUGAUGGAGGCGGCGGGACAGGCGGCGGGGCAGGCGGCUAGGCAGGCGGCGGCCGUGGUGGCGGAGGCGGCGGAGGCAGGGGAGGCGGAGGCCGCGGUGGCAGCGGCGGCAGCCAAGGCAGCGCAAGAUGCGGCUAUGACGGCUGCCGGUGGCGAUGGCGGCGGCGGCGGCGAAAGCACGAAGUCUCGCCGCCGCCGCCGCCGCCGCCACAAACAGCGUCAGGCGCCAUCGCCGCAGACGCCGGCACAAGCGGCCCAGCCGGUGGCAACGCCGCCGCCGACGAUGACGCCGCCGCCGGUAUUGCCUCCUAGGCCGUCGCCACCCACUGCGCCGCGGCCGCCGGUGGUGGUGUGGGGCCUGCUGACGGGCCUACGCCGCUGGCGCUUCUACUGCGUCCGUGAGGUGGUGUCGGCGGCGGAUUCGUCCUUCACUGCCUCUCCCGAGGCCUUGUCCAGCGCCAGCGCCAGCCCCAGCGCCAGCGCCAGCGCCAGCAGCAAGUUCGAGGUGUUGGGGUCGCGGCUGCUGCGUGUGGUGGACGACUCCAGUGGGGGCUGGCCGGGGCUGGUGCCGGGGCUGGCGGCACUGUACAGCAUUCUGUGCACCCAGGAGGGACUGGCGGUGCGGCCAAACAACGCCGAGCCCGGCGCCGCCGCCGCAACUGCCGCCGCCGGCGGGCACACGUCCGCCGCCAUGCCGUACAAUUACGGUUACGACAUGCCGUACGACGCCCACCGCGACCGCCUCAUGCACUUCGACCUCAUCAUGGGAGCGACCGCCGCCGCCGGCCGCAGUACGGUGUCGUACGGCCAGGAGGCUGAGUGGGUACGGCGGCGGCUGGAGGAGUACAUGGGGAGCAGGCGGGCGCAGCGGCGGCUGCACGAGGCGGCUGCGGUGGCGGCGGCCGAAGCCCACGCGCCGCCGCUUCCGCCGCUUCCGCCGCCUCGGACGCAGCAGCAGGCAAAUGAGUCACAUGAGGCUGACGGCACGGUACGCGGCACGAGCGGCGGGACUGCUGCUGUCGUUGGCGUCGGCCGUAGCCGCAGCAGGAGCCGCUCGCCCGUGCAGCAGGCUCGCCGGCCGAAACAGGGCCAGCUGCCGCCGCCGCCGCCGCGCAAGCGGUGGGAGGUGCUGAUGGAGGAAGCGCUUCAGGACGAGGUCGAGGCGGCGGCGGCGGCAGUGGAGGCGGCGGAGCUGGCAGCCAGGCUGCAGGCGCCCCGCCGCCGCCGCGCGGCCAGGAUCGUUCCAUCCCCUGCUGUCAACGCCUUCCUCAACAGCAGCUCAGCCUCCUCCACCACAGCGCCUGCUGCCGCGCCCGCGCCUGCAGCCUCGGCUGCGCCCACAGUGCCUGCGCCCGCGCCUAUGCCAGCAGCAGUGGCGGCCGCCGGUUCCGCGGCUCCUGCGCGGCAGACGGGUGCCAAUACGCCAAAGGCGUCCGCCGCGGUCACGUCCGCUGCUGGCACUGCUGCAGCCGCGACUGGUGCCUCGGCCGUCCAGGUGCCGAUGGCGGCGCCGCCCGCGGCGACUGCGCCAGCUGUAGUGACGGCGGCCUCUGGCGGCGGCGGCGCUGUUGCCAAGAUCGGUGCCGGCAAUGUGCGCCGCAGCAACAGCAGCGGCAGUAGCAGCGGCAGUAGCAGCGGCAGUAGCAGCGGCAGCAGCAGUGGCAGCAGGAGCGGCAGCGGCAGCGGCUACGAGCUGCAGAUGGAGGGAGCCAAGCGGGCGCUGGCGGCGGCACGCAAGCGGGCAGAGGCGCUGCGGGUCCAAGGCUACGGCAUCAGCCGCGCUGCCGCGGGAGCCGCCGCCGUAAAUGCUACCGCGGGUACCAGCAGCCCCGCUGCAGCUUCUGCCGCCGGCAGUAGUGUCGAUUCCGCCAUUACAACAACGGCUGCGGCGGCCGCUGCCUCCAGCCGCGCUGCCAGGGGUGCUGAUGAUGACGACGAGACGGUUGCGGCGGCCAACCGCCGGCUGGCUGCCGCUGCGGCCGCAGACGUGGACACGGUGGUGGCUGCGGUGCUGCCGGCUGUGGGGCCGGCGUCCGUUGCCAAGACGCAGGUGACCGUGCCCGCAGUCGUGACGGCUGCGAGUGAUGAGGCGGAGGGCGCCGCGACGCCUGUUACCGAGGCGGCGAGGACGCUGCCAAUCAAGGAGGGCGCAAGCGACACCGGCGGCGGCGCGGCCACGACCGCUGCGGUGUUGGCUGCGGCGGCGGCGGCGGUAAGCGACUGGGACGCGGCGGUCGCGGGGCUGGGCGCGGCGGCGGCUGCGGCGGCGGCGGCGGCGGCGGCGGCUGCAGUGGCGGCCCAAGCGGACAUCCAGGCGACUGAGGCGCGACGGAGUGCCAAGGGCACGGCAAGGGAUGUCGUGGAGGCGGCUGCUGCGCGGUGGGCGGCGCCUACUGCUGCAUCCCCGCCGUCCUCAUUGUCAUCCCCUCCUUCGCCGCCGCCGCCACCGCCGCCGCAGCAGCAGCAGCAGCAGCAGCAGCAGCAGCAGCAGCAGCAGCAGCAGCAGCGGGUGGUUGUCCUGGGUCUGGAUGACGGAGAGGAGGAGGUUGAGCUCCUGGGCCCCGGCGGCGGCACGUCGCCGUACAUGGUCGCAGGCGCGGCUGGUGGUGGCUGUGUGGGCAGAGGGUCGCCGGUGCGCUCCGCUGCUGCCGCUCCCAGCAGCGCGGCGGAGUGGCGGCGGCAGCAGGAGGAGGAGGAGCAGCUGCGCGACUUGGACUUGGAGCUGGAGCUGCUGUCGCUGCAGCGCAGAGAGCUGGAGCAGGAGCUGGCCAAACUGGACGUGUUCCCCAACCGCUUCUCCGCCGCUCCGUCACCGCCAGGUGCCGGCAGUGCUGGCGCCGCUGCCGGUGAAGGCGUGGAGGUCAGCGGUCCCACCAGCAGCAGCCGUGGAGGUGGCGGUGCAGGCGGCGUAGGUAGCGCAGGCGGCGCAGGCGGCGACGGCGGCGACGGCGCAUUGCUGCAGGCGAAGGAGAAAGAGAGGGUUGCGGCAGUGGCUCUGCGCUCCCCGGCGGGUGCUGGAGGCAGCCAUGCUGGAAGCGGUGCUGGCGGCUGUAGUGGUGGUGCGGGUGCCGGUGGCGCUGACGUGGUAGGCGGCAGGCGCGAGUAGUGGCGAGAGUUGUGAGCGAAAGCAAGCAAGCAGCGUGUUUGGAGAACGCCGCUCCGUGAUUUGCGUGGUUUGGUGGCCUUCAUUGUCGCCGUACACUGCUGGUGGUUGCGACCGUAUCAAGAUGUAUGGGCACAUAGGCGCAGACUAGGCGUUUGAGAUUGACUGAAGCACGUGCUAUUCAGGUGAUUUGUGUGCGGGCGGCAUGAAGGGCGAUAUUGCAAUGGGAGUAAGUAGUAACCACCCCGUGCCCUGGGGCAAGAUGUUAGCUGAGACUGAUACCUUGUGAGGAGCGUUGUCAUCUACUAGUACUGCGUUCCCAUUGCUACCAAUUAGUUCUGUAGUUUACCGUAUGCUUUCGUUCAUUUGUUUCAAGCACGAGUUGUGUAUGAUUGUGAUCCGCAAAGCAAGUUUCUAUGUAGGCUUCAACGCCAGGGUUAGAACCCCUCCUGGCCGACGGGUUACAGGGCACCGCGAAACACCGCCCCGCCCGUGGCAGUACUCCCACGCUUUCCAAUAAGCUGGCCGGCCGCCUGGUUUGCUGAGAGAUUGCUUGUUAGCUUGCGUAGUCUAGAUGUGAUGCUUGAUUAGUUGAUGUGUUUAGGCCGGUCACACGCGUGUGUUUAGUCCACAAUGGCGUGCUCGAAAUGUCAUGCCCUUAAGAACGGUGCAAGUGUACAGAAACCCAUUGAUCAGCUGGACACAUUCGUCCCAGGGUGUUUCAUGUGUGUAUAGACAAGUUGACCUGCGGUGUGGGGUGAGACUGCGAGUGGCCAUAGCAUUUACUUCGUGUGCUCAGGGAUUUAUUGCGCUUGCUUUACUGCACCAUCAAUAAAAUUGAACAGCCACAGCGUCAAGUACGGGGCAUGGGCCCUAGCAGAUUCGUGCCGUUGGGUUAGGGGGCGUGUCUUGGGUAGGUGGAAGUGGUGUUGGUAUGUGCGUGCGUGUGUAUGUGUGUGUGAUGCCCUUUGAGUCGACUGCGUGCGCGGGGUGUUGCAAACUACCCCCAAAUGGAGGGGCCCCGUAUGAUUUCUUUGUGAACAGUUCGUCGUUGCUGUUUGUUUGCCCCGUAUGCGAGCAAGAGAGUUCUAUGAUAGAUGAUGCGGUUGCCCAUGCUGCCAGCGGCCCACCUGGGCCGCUUGAUAAACGCAAUCAACAUUAAAAUGCGGCAAGAUGGAUCGCCGUCGCCGAUGAAGUAUCUUGAUUUGUGGCAGGAAUUACAAAGGUCAUGUGCUGGAUCUGUGCUGAGCAGUUGCGGGUAGCGGUUUGAAAGGACGGGCUGGAACAUUUCAGAGGCCACUAGGCCAGCGUACAUACAUGGUGAGCAGGGGAGGGAACGAAGCUCCCUCCCCUGUAAUGUUGUGGAGGUUUGUGUGGGCUCUGAUGAGGGGAGGGUAACUCAGAGGGUAACCUCAUGUGCGUGACCGAAGAGGGCCGCAACAGCGUGAUGCCUGUCCGUCCUGACGGAGGUAUGUUGGAGGAAUCAAUGACAGGAUCAAGCCGCCUUGCCUUUGCAUACCGCAUCAUUAUGGUCGUUGGAGAAUAGGAGCGAGACUAAUGAUGGAGAAGGCUGUUUCUGACAAGCCAGCAGGCUGUGUACAAUAACUGCCAGGCCGGCGGGGCGGCCAAGUAAGGAAUGCACCCGCGUGUAUCAUACCGCAUCCCUGGCCUAGUAGCUGACAGGUUUGCGCUCUGCUGUGGUGUGAAACUGUAAAUGUGCCGGCAU